GAGAGAGAGAGAGAGAGAGAGAGAGAGAGAGAGGAUAGGUACAGUGAAUCUCGAAGCCAGGCCGUCACGGAGAAUGCUUUGGGACUUCGCGCGACUCCCUUGGCGCGGUGUCGUCGGUACGGUAACCAGUUCGGUUUUCCGUCUGGGGAUGUUCGACUUUUGACUUGAGCCGCGGAGAAUGGGCACAGAUGAGGAAGAAAGAGAGAAAUACCUAGAUCGAAGGCGACCAAGGAAACGUAAUCCAUUGGGGUUGCCUUAGCAAGGCUGAUCGUGUUACGUUGGAGACCGGUUACUCGACAUUCUGUGUGGAGUAUGCGGUGACCGUAGUUCCGGAAAACACUACGGCAUCUACAGCUGCGACGGUUGUUCUGGAUUUUUCAAGAGAAGCAUUCAUAAUCAUCGAGAGUAUACCUGCAAGGCACAAGGAGCAUUAAAAGGGCGCUGCCCGAUUGACAAGACUCACAGGAAUCAAUGUCGAGCUUGUCGGUUAGCUAAGUGUUUCAAGGUCAAGAUGAACAAAGAAGCAGUACAACAUGAGCGUGGACCGAGAAAACCGAAACCACCACAUUCGAUCUUUUCGGAGAAGCAACAACAUCAGCAACAACAGUCACCGAUAGUUACACAAAGGACAGGACUUCGUUCUGCUUAUGUUCUUUCACAUCAUAGGUUCAGGUGCGAGCAAAGAUUCACACCUUAUCCUAGACCAAUAGGACUUGCACACAAACCACCGGAAGAGUCAGCAUCUCCAGUACCUUUAACUCAGCCACAGCACCCUCCUACGACAACAACCCUCUAUCAAGCAGCAGCAGCAGCAGCAGCUACAACUGUCUCUCUUGCUCCGCAACAAUCCCUCUUACAGAUCCUGAUAUCUGCUGAGAAGUGUCAGGAACUUGUAUGGAGUACUAGGCUACAAUCGGAAACGGAAUAUUCGUUAGAACAAACGGAUUCUGAGACGAGGCAUAGUCCGACGGGAACCUUGAAGAUUAUUGGUCCAAGUUGGGAAAUGUUCGAGGAGAUCACCGCCAGGCUUCUUUUCAUGGUCGUGAGAUGGGUCAGAUGCUUGCCACCCUUUCAAGCCCUACCAAAGGACGAUCAAUUACUUUUACUCGAACGAUCCUGGACUCAACUUUUUCUUCUACAUCUUGCUCAAUGGAUGAUACCUUGGGAUGUGACAACUUUACUCGACGAUGAACAAGUUAAAAGUCGACUUCCGGUUAAUGACGUUGCUACCAGCCAAGAGUUGGGUAUGAUACAGUCAAUAAUAUAUCGUUUCCGGCGCUUAGCACCUGACGUCUACGAACGUAGCUGUAUAAAAGCUCUAACACUUUUCAUACCAGAAACAGUUGGGCUUCAUGUGGUACAACCCAUUGAGAUGCUACAGGAACAAGUGCAAUGUAUCUUAGAUGAUUAUAUGAGAUCAAGAUAUUCGCCACAGGGUAGAAUCUGUAGUCUGAUGCUGUUGGUUGGUUAUCUAAGAAGUGUUUCCUCGAAAACUGUCGAACGUUUGUUUUUUCACGAGACUAUUGGUGAAAUUCCAAUAUCACGUUUAUUGGUUAAUAUGUAUGAGAUGGAGGAAAGGCAAAUCGAAGUGCAGUAAUUUUGAGAUAAAUUAUUUAUUUUUUUAUUUAAUCGGUUGGAAUCAUUCAA